GGGCGGCAGGGUGGGCGCGCACACGCGGCACUCACACCCCCCCACCUCCACUAACCCGACGCGGAAACCGGGGCCCAGCCGAGCCGCUGUAGCCGGCGCGCAGCGCGCAUGCGCGGAGCCCCCGGCAGGGCGGGGGCCGGCGUCUAGUGGCGAGCGAGCUGGGGCCGGUGCCCGCCUGCCUUCCUCCUUGCUGCCGCUACUCGGGGACUAGCGGCUGCUGCGCAGCGCCCGCUCCCUCUCCCGUCUCGGGCCGCGCCUAGUCCUGCCCCGCCAUGAAGUUGAGCAGCCGCGGCCGGGGAUGCUGCGUGGCCGGCAGCCGGGAGCGCGGGCCGCCGCCGCGGAGCCCCUUCGUGCACCAGCUGCGCCUCAGCCCCCUGGAUAAAGCCAAGAUUGCCUUCAUGACCCUGACUCUGUUUCCUAUCCGACUCUUUUUCGCUGCUUUUAUGAUGUUGCUGGCCUGGCCUUUUGCAUUCAUUGCUUCAAUGGGACCUGAUGAGCAAGAGCUUGAAAAGCCCCUCUCCUGGUGGCGAAAGAUAGUGGAUAUUUUGCUGAAAGCAAUCAUGAGAAUGAUGUGGCUUGCUGGUGGAUUCCACUGGAUAAAUGUAAAAGGCAGACGGGCGUUGCCAGGAGAAGCAGCAAUAUUAACUGUGGCUCCUCAUUCUUCCUACUUUGAUGCCAUUCCAGUAACUAUGACCUUCGCCUCCAUUGUGAUGAAAGCAGAAAGUAAAGAUAUUCCUGUUUGGGGAACUCUAAUCAGAUACAUCCGACCAGUGUUUGUAUCUCGGUCAGACCAGGAUUCUCGCAGGAAAACAGUUGAAGAAAUAAAGAGGCGUGCUCAGUCUGAUGGUAAAUGGCCACAGAUAAUGAUAUUCCCAGAGGGCACUUGCACAAACCGAUCCUGUCUAAUUACAUUCAAGCCUGGAGCAUUUAUUCCUGGAGUUCCUGUACAGCCGGUGGUUUUACGUUAUCCAAACAGACUGGAUACAAUCACAUGGACGUGGCAAGGGCCAGGAGCGUUAGAAAUUCUGUGGCUCACUUUGUGUCAGUUUCACAAUUCUGUGGAAAUUGAGUUUCUACCCGUGUAUAUUCCUUCAGAAGAAGAAAGAAAAAAUCCAGUGUUAUAUGCCAAUAACGUCAGACGUGUAAUGGCAGAGGCAUUGGGAAUUUCAGUGACAGACUAUACAUUUGAAGACUGUCAGUUAGCUUUGGCUGAAGGACAACUUCGUCUGCCUUCGGACACAUGUCUUUUAGAAUUUGCGAAACUUGUAAGAAGCCUUGGGCUGAAGCCAGAAACACUUGAAGAUGAUCUUGGUAAAUAUGCUGCAAGUGCCAUGAAAAUGAAAAAAGAAAAGAUUGAUCUUAAAGAAUUUUCAGCAUAUCUGGAAUUUCCAGUUUCACACACAUUAGAAAGUAUGUUUUCACUUUUUGAUGAGAAUGAAGAAGGCAUAAUUGACAUCCGGGAAUUUGUCAUUGCUCUGUCAGUUGUCUGCAAGCCAUCCAAAACUCUGGAAACAAUUCAGUUGGCAUUUCAGCUGUACCAGUCAGAAAAUGGAACUAUAACAGAAGAGGAUUUAGCUUAUAUUCUGAAGACUGCCAUGGGUGUGUCACAGAUUAAUGUUACGCAUCUUUUUAAAGCAGUAGAUGAAGAAGAAAAAGGGAAGAUUACGUACGAUGACUUCUACAGAUUUGCUGAAUUGCACCCACACUUUGCAGAAGACUAUCUCUAUGCUGAUCAGAUGGGAGCUGAGAGCGGCUUGGAGACUUCGUCUCUUUCUGUUCCUAAUGGUAUCUGUACUGACUUCAGCCCCGAUAGCACUGAAGAUAAAAGCAAGCCCCUGCAGAAGAAACUGAAUUAACACUACAGCUGUUCCCUUCCUCUCCUGGUGAGAGGAUUGUCUUUUCUUGGGAUUUUCCUAAGUCACUCCAGCUAUACAGCAAAUACCAGUUUUGUGUGUGAAAGUUCUUCUACCUUAAUACUGUUCUUUGAAUCAUAUGUGCUAUAUUUAACAACGUGUUCCAGGUUAUUUUGGGGAAGGUGUUUUUAUUUUUUUAUUGUUUUUUUUUUUCCAAAAAGGUCUUUGAAAGGCAAAAAUGUGAAUGUGCUUCAUUAUUAAUGUUCAUAUUUAAAAGGAAGCGGCACACUUAUUUAUAUUCCAUUGGCUAGUUUCAUGUACCAAGUGUCGCACAAACUGUGCAUGUAUAAAGAAACUGUAGCUACUAUGGUGUUAAGUGCACUUUGGUGAUUAGUGUUUUCCCUAGUUAUGGGGAUGUUUAUUUGGGGCCAAACUUUGCUGUCCAUCUUUGCAUAGUCAGUCCUGUUGAUUUCAGUGGGAUUAUUCUCUUGAGCAAGGCAGGCAUAUUUUGGCCCUUUGUUUUGGUUCCAGUGAAUAGUUUGGAAACAAUAAUGCAAAAACUUGCUAAGGAUUACUUUUAAUUUUUAUUGUUGAAUGACAAAAUUGUUUCUUUUUCAGUCUGUUCCAUGGUAGGAUGAAAAGGAAAGGUUCCUUAUCCCUCACCCCAACACUUAUCUACUGUCAUCUUCCAGAUGCAAUUAAAUGUGAAUGUUUUUCCAAACUGACAUGCCACAUGCUGUUUGCAAAUACAUGACAAAACUGUUUGUGCUUUUCUCUUAUAAUCGAUUCUAAUCUUGCCCACCCAGCAUUUAAAUGGGAAGUGUUUACACAAUUGUAGUUACUCUCGAUUUAUCAGGAGUCACAGGUUUCUUUUGUGGCAAGCCUGUAUAUACAGAUAACUUGGCAUGGAACGCAUUAUGAAAGCUUUUUUUGUAUCAGCCCAAGUUUCAAGAGGUUGCAGUUACUUCAGAGACCAAGCCAGCAACAAGCUGUAGAAUAUCCUGAAGAAAUGCUAGUUAAAUCUCUAUAGAAACAUUCAUAUCUGUUAUAUGCAGUAUAUGUGAGCUUAAAAUGGUUAAGAACUGUUUAAACAAAAGUAAACAAACAAAAAACAACAACAAACAAAACCACUUGUAUUAGUAAAGUUUCUUAUCUUUCCUUUUGUAAAGCUAGAUGCCUUAAUUACCAAUGGAGGUCCCGGAGAGAAAUUCAGAUUAUUAUAAAACCACAGAGCUUCACUGAUUGGGAAAUGUGACAAAAGCCUCAAGGAGUAGGAAGGACUCUGCCACAAAAAUAACUCUUGAUGGCAACUCCACUUCCAAACAAACCAAAAAUACUUUCAAAUCAUUUCUAUGACUAAUUUUGUAGGGCUGCACUAAAAUGUGAUGGCUUUGUGACUGGAAAACUGUUGAGAUCUGAAUCUUCCACAUGUUAGAGUAACUUAGAUUUGGAAGGGAGGAAUUUUAGCAGAAGGAGAUCUGUACCAAAUGCUUUUAUUACUAUUUUUUCAAAUAGCAGGAGGUGUUUUAAAGCUCAUUAGGGUAUUGGAAUGUGUCCUUAGAAAUUCCUAACUGUAUGUGGCAAGUCUCCAAACUGAAACUGGCUUUAAUAAAAAAUGAGGGAAAAAACUGUAGGAAAUAAUGCUUUCUGUCGGUCCUCCUUUGGAGGUAAUAGUUUUUGAUUUAUCUAGGUAACACAUGCUGAGCUGACAGGGCUGCAGCAGACUGGCAGACUUUUGAGUUUAAAAUUUGAGUUAAAACUGAUCAUGAAAACCAGAAUAAAUGGUUUGGAAAAAUAAGGCAUUUAAGGAACUACACUUGGGUAGGAAUAGUCAGCUGCACAAGCAGAGGAGGGAGUGGGUAUUACUGCAUAAAACAUCUUGGGGCAGGGAUGGCGUAGAGUAUGACAAACUGAGCGCUGUUAACCCAUUGCUGCAGAAAAGAUACUCAUUGUGGUGGGAUGCAUCAACAGUGUGUAGCAUGAGAAGCGUGGUGGUAUUUCUGUGUUUUCAAGUUGUGAUAAGGCCUCAGAUGAAGUACCUGUCCAUGUUGGGGCACCUGACAGAGAUGAAGAGUAGCGAGGUAGAUUCUGGAGGACAGAAAGUACUCAAAAAACUCCACCAGAAAUCAGGAAGUAUUCUUUAAUCAAAAGAAGAGGAGACUGGAGGAAGAUGUGAAAACAGUCUUCCAAUACAGAAAAAGUUCCUAUAGAGAAGAUAGGAACAGCCUUUUCUCCACAUUAAUAGUAGAUACAGGCUAUAUAAAUUUAAAUGGCAAGUUAAGCAUUAGGAAAAUUUCCUUACAAUGCAUCUCAUUCAAAUAGGGAGAAUGGGUUAUUCCAGGUGGGGUGAGGAGCCUUCCUUCAUGGAGGCUUUAAAAACAGGACAGGUAAGAUGGAGACACUUGAUUUUGUUCAGCGUGCCCCAGUGUACAGGGAUAUGUCCCGAGGUCUACAGAGUGUAUUUAAGCCGCUAUAUAAGGGAACGCACAUGCACUGUAGUCUGGGUGUAUUGCAUCUUGCAGACUUUUUCUGGCAUGUGGCUCAGGCUGGCUGAGAUAGCUAUCUUUUGCUUUGUGUGUGAGCUUGGGAAUUUGGGAAUUUCAGAGUGCAGGGGAUGAGAGAGAGUUCCCUGAGACGUGUCUGAAAAGAAGAAAAAGUUAAGCUUAAUAUCCCAUGGACAACUUAGAAGCUCCAGAGGAAGAGAUUCUUUGUCCACAUCUAUAAAAGAGCAAAGACAGCUGGUUAAAGUUGGCUAAAUAGAAGUGUGCCUAAUUUGCAUGUAUGGUGCGUGUAGCUUGGGGGUCUGUCUUCUGAAAACCAAAGGGUUCAUUUGGUUUUGUAUUUGUUUUGGUGAGAGAGAUGUUUUCUAAUUGUGGCGAGCUUAAUAGCUCCACUUGUUUACAACUAAGCUGUGCAGGGUGUUUGGGUAGAAGGGUGCUGCAGGCUACAAUAGCCACAUUGCAUGGUGAAGAGGCACUGAAAAGCGUGUGCGUCAGUGAGUUCUGUCCAGAGCUGCUGCUGGAGGCGGCCAGCGUACAUUGUUUGCUUGGUGUGCAAGUGCUCUUGGUGGAAACAACCAUUAAAAAACAACCAAACAAAAACACGUAACAAAUCCUCAAAGCAACACUUAGAUUCUGGAAUGAAUUGUGGUGCUUCCAUAAUAGCAUGAAUGAUAGGGUGAAGUCCUGGUCAGCCUUCAUGAAAACACUGUUAGAUCACACAAAACAUCACAAAAGCUGAGAUCAGUGGAUGUAAUUCAGGUGACUUUAGCAUCUGUAGAAUAUAGAGCUAUAGUGCUAGACUGCCUUGUAGUGACAGGAAAGCCACAUUCCUGUCUGGUGAUAAACUCAGACUUCAUUGAGGGUUGAGCCCUGUAACACAUUGCAUUUACUGCAGCAAUGUUCAUCACAACUCACCUAUCAAACUCCAACUGCCAAAAUGUUUUAGCAGUUCCAUCUAAGUAGCAUUUUUAAGAGGCAUCUGACUGGAGCAGGGUGGUGACAGGCAAGUUUCAGUGGCUUGCUGCAAUGUCAGGCUAGAAGUGAAAGCUUCCUUCCCCCUUCACCAAACAUGGACAUAUAGAUGUUUUCAGUUAAAGUAUUCUAUAUUUCACAAAUGCAUUGUUUUAUUUUAACCGGUGAGGUCAACAGCCCCUAAAUUUACAGGAAGACAUAUGAAGAAAUGACUUCACUUCUUUGCAUCAGUUUAACGUAAUAAAUGAUCCUUAUACAAAAAAUGCAGGGGUGUGAAGGCAUUUGACAUUUCUGAUGAGCAUUUUACUACUUUAUGUAAUACUGCCAUCCCUUGCCAGAAGAGCUCUUGCAUCAGACCGAAUUUUUACAUAUUGUAUGAGAUACCCUGCCAAAGCUUUGCUAUUCUGCUGUGGUUGAACAAGUAUACUCUGUAGUUUGAAUGUAUUUAAAGUAACACAGAAAGCCACAAAAUUCAAGAUAUCCAAAAAGCGUCAUGGAUUUUGGUGGGUUUUUUUGCUUCGUUUAUAUCUGUUCAAGCAUAACAAAACCCAACUAAAACCAAAGGGACGUUCAAGAGGUGCAAAGCAUGUUUAACCGCUGUCUGUACCACAGUAAGGCAAGUGCUAGUACAGAUGUCCCAGGAGCCCACUGCUGUAAGCAGAUACAAUUAAAGGCAUUGCAGGCAGUUUGUAGGCCUCAAUGGAGAAGUUGUGCACGUAAUUUUGUACUAAUGAAUCAUGCUAUAUCUUUCAAUGCAUUUAUUGUAGCUAGGAUAAUCUUGCUGUGAUAAAAAGCAACCAGGCUUUGUGUGAUUGCUAAUCCCUCUUUGAAGGUAUAAAUCCUUGGGUCACAGAGGUUGAAAAGGAGACACGUGUGCACUGGAUUAGUUGAUGCAACCUCUUUAGUGGCAAAGCUGCUGGAAGCCAAUAGUUACGUUUUGUACACAGCUGUUUACUAAUGCUUUCACGCAUAGGUUCGUUUCACUGACUAGGUUUGUUGGCUACCUUAGGCAUUGGGCUGGUUGGAGUAUUUUUUAAUUCAUAAAAUUUAGCAAACCUUUUUCUGGAAAAAGGGUUGUUGCACUUCGUAGCUUGAUAAGUUUUCUAAAGCAGAUGUGUUUUUAUUAACUUAUUAGUUCCCUUACACAGCCAUCUCCAGCAUUACCCGCUCUUCUUCCUGCUUUUAUAUUACCAUGUGUUAAGUGCAGCUUUUCACAGUAACUGUUUUAGUCACAUCCUGCUCUCUGCUCCUUCAAAAAUGGUGUUCUCAUUAAAAUUAAAAAAGGGGGGAGGGGUUUGACGUAAAGAAUACAAGAUGUAGAACUUGGGCAACACAUGCUGUAGAUGCCAUAAUAUCAGAAAGACACUAUUAAGCACAGCUUUGCAUAUGUUAUGGGACUGAACUAGGAUGGAGAGAGAAAAAAAAUCUGGUUAACAACUGACCAAGUCAGAUUUUCCUUUAGAUUGGAGUGUUGGUCCUAAAACCUCCUGAAAUGUUGCAUUCUGCUUAAUACGAAGCCGAUGGUUUGUUCUUUUUAUUUCACAGCACUUUUAUGAAUGUUCUAGAAUUAAGAAAGGACAAAUAUGUUGGCCAGGAGUUUUGCAUUAGCAGACCUGAAGUUCAGCUCCUAGACUCAUACUGAAGCACAGAAGCUCCCUGUGAACCAGGCACUUCAGGUGGUUUGUUAGUUUUUAGGUAUCUGAGCUAAUUUGGAAAAUUUAAAUUACCUAAUUAAUCUGGCUAGAAUCCUUUACAAAAAAGAAGGAAAAGUAAGUCCAGCAGUUUGAAAUGGAAAGUAAGAAUUCGUCAUCAGUGCUAUUAAUAAUUAGCUAUUAAAUUAAUGAUUAAUCAGUCCAGCAAACCAGCAAGAUCUGUUUCCCAGACGAGCAGAGAGACUGAGGUUGUCAUUCAGGUAAUCUUGCGGUCCUGGCUAGGCGGUAAUAAAGCCAGCUGUUCGUCAGUCAGUGGUUGAUUUUCUGAAGGUACUGCAGCAUUGGGUAUCCAAGUAACGUCUGGGUCACUGGCAGCACAGCCAGUGAGGUUUCAUUGGCUCUCCCUGCCUUUUUCCUUUGAAGACUGGAAAAAAGUAUUAAAAUUGUGACAUGAGCCUUCUAAGACCUCUUUAACAGUGAAGUCCUCCAGCACCACCUCACAGGAAGAAACACAAGUGUUCUGUGUUAUAGCUAAGGCAGUUAACUGGGUGUGCACGUUAGUCACCAGCAUGUUGUGAUCAAAGCGUGCAUAAAUUAUAUGAUACUGAGGUAAAACUACCAAGAGAAUGCAGCGGCAAGCAGAUUGUCCAUUAGAUGUGCCUGGGCUUGCAUCUAAGUAUUUCCUGCAUCUCAUAGUGAUCAAGUUAAGACAGUUCCUUUCUCUAGGAAACUUUUCAGGUUUAUUUCAAGAUAAUUACUUUGACUUUUACAAGUGGAGGAGUGAUUUGUUUUGUAGAAAACAGCUUCUUUUUUCCCCAGAUGGUAUGAUGUGCUUUAUCAUGUGUAACGGGAUUAAACUGAAGUGGGCGAUACCAAGAAAGCAGAGGAUUUAAGAGGCUUAUAAAAUGGAGGGUUUAUGUUUCUGUGCAAUAUGCUGAGACCUUUUUGCAGCAGUUGACACUCUGCCUAGAUUGCCUUGUAAGUUUGUUAGGCAAAAUAAUUUUACUAGUUGUGUGAUGGCAGUGGCUGUUUAUUCUGUUUUCUUCAGCAAAGUGCUAGAGCAGCAUACUCUGUGCUGGCUGACUUUGGGAGGCCAUCUCUAACCCCUAAAGGUGUAUUUGCAGUUUUCCAAUGAUCAGUCUCUGGGAACGGAAACAGUAGAAUCACCUUAGCACAGACUGCACCUAAGUCAUUCCUGUUAAUUAACAUGUUUGGUGGGGUUUAGUUGUCAUGCUGCUUUAUUCUGAGCUAAAUUGCACAGGGCUAUGUGAACAUCAGGGCUCAUCUGGGGUUAGUUUGGGGAUCUUGAAAAAAGGUGCUGUAUGGUAAUCUGUCAACGUAGAAUUAAGUUUCAGGUUUUUCACUUUGACCAAAAAUGUUAGAAGCAAGAGAAAACUCAUAAUGACUUUUGUAAUAAUCUGCUUUGAUAUUAUGAAUGGGACGUCACUUGAGAAUGCCAGUUUUGAGCCAGAGAGUCAGAUGGAGAAAAAUCAGGCUGCACUAGGUCCUGAACUAGCAAGCAGAAGAGCCUACCAAGGCUAGUAUGGCAGCAGAGCUUUUACUAUGCAGCUGGCCUUUUCCCAUGGUAAAGAAGGAUCUUUUCUGCCUCUUGGGCUGAUGAACUCAGUUUUCUGUAUCCAUAGGUCUUGCUUAUGCUGACUGUUCUUUGUGGGUGUGUUGCAGCCUGAGGCAAACUUUGCUGCCUCUUAAGCGAUAAUUCAUGGACUUCUCUCCAUGAGACAUAAGCGGCAUGUGAAUAUUAAGUCCUGUUCUGGUAACGCCACCCAAAACUAAAGGCCCAUGCGCUGCUUUAGCUUGUGCCUGCCAUCAGGCAAAGGACUGCUUUUUCUUUUCCCACACUUUUUAACCAUUGCGUGUGUGUCCAGGUGGCAGCGGGUCUGAAAGAGUUUAUGAGAUUCUCCUUGUUCCUAUGAACAAUAAGAAAUUAAGAAACAUGGUAUAACGAAACCUUAAACUGGAUUGACCUCUGAGUUAUGUUACUUUCAGUGUGUGCCUGUUUACUUCCAAGUUCCAAAUGCAGCAUCUGUAAAUAUGAUACCAAACAAAGUCUCCUCAUGGAUACUGAAGACAGCCGAAGCUCAGACACUUUUCAUCCUACCAUGGUACUGGAAAUGAAAUUCAUCUGACAAUAGCUUAUUUCUAAGUCUAUGAAUGUAUAUGGGGAAAACCCAAAUACAUGUCUUUUAUUCACUAUCCAGCAUGAAGACAAUUUUGUAUUUUAAAUGUUAAAAAAAUAAACUUGUAAAGAUCUUGUAUGCCCUAAGUAUAUAUUUUUGUCCUAUGUUUUCUUUUAUAAUGAAGUUCAAGCAAAAUAUUUCUUACAUUUCAGAAGGGAGCAUUAGGUUAGCCAGUGCUGUACUUUCCAGACUACAAAAAGUGAUUUUUAAGUAAACAUCUAAAAAUGAAAUUAUAUUUUUAAAUACAUGGAUUAGAAUUCCUUAAGUUAAACAGCUCUCCUUAGCAAUUGUACAUACUUAGACAAAAAGCGAAACCAUUGCAGCUGCUUGUCUAUAUAGUUGUGUUUGGUGAUUUGUUUAUAUUGCUUUCUCCAAUCGCUCUAAGGGUAUUAGGAGCUCCAUGUAAAUCAGUAAUGUUAGAAAUAGAAGUCAGAAGUAAAUUUCUUUAGAAGUGAUAGAUUUUUGUUUCCUGGAGGAGGACCAAGACUAAGCAUCUGCUAACCUCGUAUUGUGUACUCUACAGCUUCAAUGUUGCGGCAUUGUGCUGAAAGUAUUUGGCAUCUGUUCAAUGGGACCACUUUCUAAACCUUUUUUGUAAUUCCCAGCAGCUCUCCAGGUGUGUGAGACAUUUCUAACUUGAUCGCAGGUACUAGUUCAUCUUUUUGGAAGAAUAAAAUUGAGUUACCAACAGGCUGAGAGAUAAUUCAGAAAAAAAAUGGGUUUGAUCUCUUGAAUUAUUGUUAACCUUGCAUUGAGGACAUCGUUUAUAUAUUUUGGAAAAAAUAUUGCUAUGUUUUUGAACACACUUGAGAAUUUAAAUGCAAAAUUAGAAGUAAACAUUUUAAAUGAUCACAUUUUGGAAUUUUCUCUUACCGCAACUGAAUCCCAGUUAGGCACUGCCAUGAAGAGGAUGCUUUUGGUUGCAAAAGCUGUGCUGACAGAGCAGGAAGCUGGUUCGUAGGAACAUCCUGGCAAGGUAUUACAUGCUUGUUCCAUCAGUGGUACAAAUUCUGUUGACUUCAAGGCUGCCUUGGCAGACCUGGUGUGUUUAAAGAUGCAUAUUGGCUGCAAGCUUUUUGCUGUAAUAGCCCUUGGAUACACAGUGUAAAUCUGUAACAAUAUAUAGUGCUACUGGAUAAUAAUAAUAAUCUGAAUACAUAUUUUCUGCUGUAAAUUUCCCCCCUAUGGCUCCUAUGGUAUGUGUACAUAGACUAUUACCUUUGCACUGAACUGACUAUACUUCAAGUAGUGUACUAAAGAUGACUUGUAGCUUGUGGUUCCAAUUGUGGAAAUACUUUUGGAGAAUUAAAAGUAUAGUUUCAGUGCUACAAAUUUGAUUUUUAUAUUUUUUAUUAACAUGCAUGGAAGACUAAGGAUAAUAUUUUUUAAAAAUGAACUUGGUUUUGUACAUUUUUCAAUGUUUAAAACGAUAUGAUUUAACAUUACCUCUGAACACCAGUGAUCAGUAAAUUCUUAAAGGAAAUACCUCAA